UUGUAAAAUAGACUGUAAAACUGUUGACAGGACCCCUCGAACUGCAAACAGCGUCAGUUAUGACUCUUUCUGUAAUGAACUUUUGAUCUAUGAAGCCUUUGUGUUUGUAAAACUUCCCUCGAGCCGAGAAAAGCGAUUUCAAAAUCCGUGAUAUCAUCAUAAUGUAAAAUCUAUUGGCCGAGCAGGAGAUAUUACUGCGCACAUUCAGUGGGCUAAACAACGCGGAAACAAACCCAGAAGCUAGAAACUUUUGGGGCGUAUGCACCAGGCGAACAAUUUCUAGGUGAAUAGGGUCUAAAGUGAACUCUCAACUAACGACUGUAACAGGAGUUGGGACGGAUUGCUAAGUAGGAGGACGCAAGCAGGGAGAGCUUACUAGAAUGGGGAAACCAAAUGAUGAAGAAAGCAGUGACGGGUCGGCACAACUAUGUUGUGAAGGAACCAGAGUGGGGAGAUUCUGACAUAGUUGAAAGAGAUGACAGUAUGGAGAUGUCUGUCUGGUCUUGGAUGCUGCUGGUGUUCCUGCUGCCUGCUACAGGCAGUUUGGAUGUUGAGAACUGGCUGACUCCUAUUGUAAAAAUCAUCAGGACAGAGUACAACAUAAGCGAUCAGUUUUGUGUGGCUGUAAACAUCCCAGUAGACCAGAACCCAAACCAACUGCUCGACGUCCUCCAAAACGAUCGAUAUGAAAAGGUUGAAAAAGUCAUGAAUGAUACUGAUGAUCUGUACAUCGGCACCAGGGUGGUUGCAGUUAAACCUCAUGUUGAAGAUGCAGAAGUCCAUGUUCUGCCCAACAUGGAUGGCUUGUACAUCGGCACCAGGGCGGUUACAGCUAAACCUCAUGUUGAACAUGCAGAAGUCCGUGUUCUGCACAACAUGGAUGGCUUGUAUAACCAAAGUCAAGAUAACUUCCUGGUCUUCUACACAUACCUCUCCCCAUGUGCACUACAAUGUGCAAAUCUACGUAACAACAGAAAUAUCCUUAACGACAUUAGGGACAUCACUCGCCGAUCAUAUUGGGGAGAACGACACGCCCUUGUGUUUGGGCAACCGUGCACUGUUUUAAGAAAACGUGAAAUUACCAGGGAGCAGUUGGAAAAAUCCUUUAUAAAUCUGAAAGAAAAAGGUUUCACAAACAUAUUCCGUUGUUACUUUCGAAAUGUCUAUCAGUGCCACAGCUGUUUCUCAGAUCAAGAUCAAGGUGUAUCUGAGGUCUGUCUUGAGGGAGCCAGGUCACAGCAUGGAGGAAGUGCAGGCAGCAGUCAGGAUGUGAGUGCAGGAGGAAAGCGAGGCUCCGCUGAAGGCACAAGCAGCAGUGCUGCUGCAAAGAGACAAAAAGGUCCAAAGUGA